UAUAUACACCCUCGAGUAGUCGUCCCAGCUGCGCCGUCAGCCCGCCACAUCUCCUCUCUGUAACGUGCACGGUACCUAGUGUGUGCGAGCAGCAGCUUUGGCAGCAAUGGCGAGAGCUGCGUUGGUCCUCCCUGCCGCUCUACUGCUGUGCCUUGCAUUGGCCGGCCGUGCCGAUGCUGCGAGGAAGACGGUUGGGGUGUACGAGCUCAAGAACAAGAAGUGGGAUUUCUCCAUCAAGGUCACCAACUGGGGAGCCACCCUCAUGUCUGUCAUCGUUCCUGACUCCAAAGGGAACUUGGCUGAUGUCGUCCUUGGGUAUGACACCGUUGCUGAGUAUGUGAACGGCUCUUCUUACUUCGGGGCGCUGGUCGGCCGCGUGGCCAACAGAGUCGCCAAGGGCCGCUUCGUGCUCGACGGCAAAGCCUACCACCUGUACAUCAACGACGGCAAGAACGCACUCCACGGUGGCCACAGGGGUUUCAGCAAGGUCAUCUGGACGGUGAAGGAGUACGUGCCUGACUGCGACUCCCCUUACAUCACCUUCUACUACCACAGCUUCGACGGAGAGCAAGGAUUCCCGGGCGACCUGGACGUGUACGUGACGUACCAGCUGUCGAGCCCCUACGACCUGAGCCUGCACAUGAACGCGACGGCGCUCAACAAGGCGACGCCGGUGAACCUGGUGAACCACGCGUACUGGAACCUGGGCGGCCACGGCAGCGGCGACGUGCUGGGCCACCUCAUCCAGGUGUCGGCGUCGCGGUACACGCCCGUGGACAAGUCGAUGAUCCCGACGGGGCAGGUCGCGGGCGUCGUCGCCGGCACGCCCUACGACCUGCGCCGCCUCACCCGCGUCGGCGCCCGCAUCGGCCUCGUCUCCGGCGGCGGCGCGGUGGGCUACGACCUCAACUACGCGGUGGAUCAGGGGUCGUCGCCGUCGUCCGCGCUCACGCAGCAGGUGGCGUUCGUCCGGGACCCGGCGUCCGGGCGCGCGUUCGAGCUGUGGGCGAACCAGCCCGGCGUGCAGCUCUACACCAGCAACUGGCUCAAGGACGAGAAGGGCAAGGGCGGCAAGGUGUACCAGAAGUACGGAGCGCUGUGUUUGGAGACGCAGGCGUUCCCCGACGCCGUCAACCACCCCAACUUCCCGUCGGAGAUCGUCAGGCCCGGCGGGGUGUACCGCCACGACAUGCUCUUCAAGUUCUCCUUCUAAUUGUUAUAUAAGUAUACUACUAGUCCGUGCCUUCUUCGUGGCACCUUUCGCACGCGAGUGGCUCCUGCUAUCUAGCAGUGAUUGUGCAAUGAAGAAACUUGCGUGGCGCGUGGACAAUCAGUAAAGUUUGUUUUUUUGUUGUUGAGAGCACGUGCCCUCACUCUUCUA